AUGACGGAGGAGAAAGGAGGAGGACGAGGAGGCGCAGAGCUUGUUGGUCGCAUCCUCAAGCCGAACGGCGCCGGGCCGUAUGCACAGCGGGAGGGAGAGAAGCGUCCUUAUGCCAAUCCUUGCCACUGCGUUGGUCAACGGCAUGCACUCGUACACGCGUACACGGGAGAGCCGUACAUGCUGCGUGCAGGCCUCGGCGAUGAGCUUUCGCGCGCACGCCGAAAAGGACGCUCGAUUUUAGCUCCUAUUCUUCUCGUCCCGCUGACCGUGGUAGAGUGGGAAAAGCCGGCUGGGUGCGGGAGGCGGGCGAGCAGGAUCUGGUGGCGACGGCCGCUACUGCUACUGCCGUCGCCGGCGACCAGGCGGUCCCGGGGAUGCGGUUCGGCGACGGACACCAACGGGGAGGAGUCUUGCAGAGGACGGCUUGUGAUCCGUGCGUCGCGCAACCACGGCGCACCGGCCACGUCCGGCACAGCCAGCAGCCGCAAGGGGGGGAGGGGAGGGUCGUGCGGCGCAAGGCUCGCUCGGGGCGGCGGCGACUCUCGGGGCGGCGACACACUACCCUGGAGGCCGUGGCAUGCUCCGUCAAUGUGCUGGCCGGCCAGUGGACCAAACUCAGAGGUGAAUGGCGUCGAAAAGCGGAAGAGGGCGAAGAAGACGAGACGGAAAGGAAACCGAAGAGGAAAGAGGGACGCAUCGAGGUGUCGCCGGUGGGCGACCAUGGGGGCACGGCACCAGUGCAAUCGCCGCGAACACUGCUGGCAGAGCAAUGCAUGGCACCCCCCCCCUGAACGCCACGAGGAUGCCAAGACUAUCCUGGCAUCUCCGCCCUUUGGCCUCUGUUCUCCGUCCGGGUCCCGCUUCGUUCUUUUCUUGGCCGCCGCCCGCGAGCCGGCGAUCGGAGGGGUCGGACGAAUGGACGAGCGUCGAGGUAUGAGGGUGGGGGGGUGA